AUGAGCGCGUUCAUCGUCUGCUGGCUGCCGUUCUUCGUGCUCGCCCUUGUCAGGCCGUUCCUCAAGGAUCCGGACGCCAUCCCCGCGUUCCUCUCGAGCCUGUUCCUCUGGCUCGGUUACUGCAACAGCCUGUUGAACCCUAUUAUCUACGCGACGCUGAACAGAGACUUCAGAAAGCCGUUCCGCGAGAUCCUCUACUUCCGCUGCAGUAACCUGAACCACAUGAUGAGGGAGGAGUUCUAUCAGAGCCAGUACGGCGAUCCUAUCAACAACUGCGAGAUCAAGACAGGCGAAAUGGACGACGUUGAACGUCUGAACAAUCAGGGGAUCGAGGCGAUCGACGUGGCCACCAGCGCGCCGAACGAGAGUUUCCUGUGA